AGGCAUUUUGGGCUUCGACCCCCAUGGCCCCAAGCACCGUGCCCCGCCGCCCAUGGCGCCGCACGGCCACCCGCGCAAGAAGGUUGAGACGCCAUUGGCCGAUGAGCAUUUGGGCGGCCGCUACGCGCCGUUGGAGAAGAUUGGUGGAGGAAAUUAUGGCGAGGUCAUGCGGAUGAAAGAUGUGGUCACUGGCAAAGUUGUGGCAGUCAAGAGCUCUUCGCAAGUGAUCGAGGAGGGCCUGUCCAGCUGGUCGCUCCGGGAGAUCUCGGCGCUCAGGGCCUGCCAGCAUCCCAACGUGGUACAACUCCUCGACGUGCAUGCCGUGCCGGAGAGUGUGCACUUGAUCCUGGAGUUCAUGCCAUUCGACCUGUCCCAGUACAUGAGGAGAGUUUUGAAAGGCCCCUUUGCGGACUUGAAGCCAGCGCCGCUUAUCCGUACUUGUUCAUGCACACCAAAUAGGUUCCGUCAGAUUCUAUUGGGGCUGGGCCAUUGCCAUCGUCAGGGCUACCUCCAUCGAGAUCUAAAGCCUCAGAACAUCUUGGUGGAUGGAGGCACCCUGAAGCUGGCGGAUUUUGGUCUCGCUUCACGGCGCUACCUGUGGCCUUUUCGCUGCCAAAAGCCACUGACCAAGUUCGUGGUCACUGUUUGGUACCGUGCGCCCGAGUUGAUCCUCAUGGACUCUGGCCAGUGCAUGUACGGUCAGGGGGUGGACAUUUGGUCCUUGGGUUGCAUUCUGGCGGAGAUGGCGACGAAUCGGCCCAUGUUCCCGGGUGACUCUGAGAUUGACACGCUGUUCAAGAUAUUCCGGAUGAAGGGCACGCCCGCUGCCACGACCUGGCCUGGUCUUGAACAAAUGGGACACUUCUCCCGCAGCUUCCCACAUUGGGAGGAUACCAACUUCCAGAAAGUUUUGGAGGCGUGCCCCUUCCACCACACUUUUCUGCAGCAAAUGCUUGGAGCUAUGCUGCAGUAUGUGCCAAACCAGCGUUGGUCAGCCUACGCCUUGCUUUCUCAUCCGUUUUUCGAAGGGCAAAGCGAGUCGUGCAACACCUCAGCUAGUCUCAUGAAAUCUGAUCACCCUUCUGGCUGGUAGAGAGGGGCCUUCACUGGAGAAAAAAAGAG